CGUACCGUUAGCUGGUCGCGGAACGCAUUUCGUUGUGAGAGAUCUUGGUCGAAGCUGAAAAGGAAGCUCUCGUACGCGGCCACACCAACCUAUUGACGCUCGGUAAAGAAAAAUAAGGUAGAUCAGCAAAAAAUUGUCUCAAACAUUUGUGCUGAAGUGUACACCUUAUCGCACGGGUCAGAAGAGAUAAGAAAAAGAAAGAAAAAUAUUUCUCCCAAACCCGAAAUCUGAACUCCUGCGAAAAGAAGAAAACCAUUCCGUGGCGUGGAAAAGUGUAUAUCGGAAUCGUGCAAAAGGAUCUCGAAAUCGAGUAAAACGAGUUUUCUGCCCCCGUACAUGGACCAUCGAAGAACACACUUUACCGGAUGCAAGUGUGCGUACGUGAAUGCGUGCGUGUGUGUGUGUUGUCUUUGAAGCGAGCAAACAGUGAUGGUGGUAGUGUGUAGUAAAGAAUAAAAGAAAGAAAGAAAAGAUAAAGAACACCCCGAGCAUAAAGGAAGAGACGAAACGGUGACAAAAAGAAAACCAUCCAUCCAAGAACACGGAGCUUUGUGUUACACGUUGGUUGCUUGUGUAUUGGUGUUUUACUGUCCGAUACUACGCCAUAGUCCUUUCGCAGCCUCCUCUAGGCUUUGCUGUAAGUGCGUGUGUGUGUGCGUGUAUUUUUGCUUAGCAACGUAGUAACGUGUGUGAGACACACCUGCAGCGCACUGUCGCGAGGAGUAGUCCGUAUCUAUGUGAAAAAACGGGAGUCCAUCCCGAGUGCUAAAGGGGUUUGUGGCCGCAUGUUUUAGAGGCAGGGUUUGUGCAUUGCUCUCAAACAUAGGGGGCUCGUCCAUCAUCCGGGGUAGCUCCAGUAUUUGAGCGCACUAAGCUUGCUGUUAUAGUACGAGAGCUCCUGAUUUUGUACCUGUUCAGAGUUUAACUUUACGUCUAAAAGGACUGUCAAACGAGUCCUGUCCUGUCGUCGAUUAUUCUGCUUGAAGUGCGUUUUUUCCGCGUUCCCUUCCACUGCUCCAUCGAUCAGUGAGGAAAAGAGUUGAAGGAGAGCGUUCGAGAAAGUGCAUCGUUAGCGUACAAUAAGGGUGAACAAAAGCAAGAAACUGGAAACGUUCACUGCGUAGUAAUUGUGGAAAAGGAUCCAGUGCUGGCGCAGCAGAAUCUCACGCAAAAGGAUCACUUGGAGGAGCAGUGCCUAAGGAGUGCAAGCAUAAUUGGUGCAAGUGUCAGUGGUUUGUUGUGUGUUUGUGUCCUGCCAGUGAAGUAAUCGGUGUGCGUUGUUUUGGGCGUUGUUUAUACUAACACGCUCGUGUCGAAUACAUCCCACGGGAAAGAAAAUAAGCACCUUUGAAAGAAGGCAAAGCAAAGGAAGAAAGGUCAAUUUAACGGAUCGCCCAUUGGGUGCGUGAGUUUCUAAAAAUCAACUGGAAAAAUAUCGUGUACGCGCGUGUGUGUGUUAGUGCGUGUUUGUGUUUGUUCUGUUACCGUUCUGUACGAUUAAAAGCAGGUCCAGGCGAUUAAAGGCGAAGAAAGGGCCCACAUAUGACUUCGUCCCAACCGUCUCAAUCGUCCGACGGUCAACAAACGAUGGCCGACAACGGAACGAUGCUACCGACAGUGGUGGAAAGUGUGUUUAAUGCAGCUCGCACAGGAAAUCUCGCUGCACUGAAGAAAUGGACCUCCAGACUGAUGCCAAACGACCUCAAGACGCUAGUGACGAUGAAAACAAAUGGCGUCACACCACUGUUGAUAGCGUGCCGGAACGGACACUUUGACGUAGUGCAGUACCUCAUCAAGCGUUGUCACGCAGAUGUCGAACAGGCCGGUUCCGUCAUAUUUGACGGUGAAAAGAUCGAGGGUGCUCCACCGCUAUGGUGUGCGUCCGCUGCCGGUCACACGAACAUAGUUAAGCUCUUAGUCCAAAACGGUGCCAAAGUGAAUAGUACGACCAAAACGAACAGCACACCGCUCCGGGCGGCCUGUUUCGAUGGACACUACGAAAUUGUGAAGUAUCUCGUAUCACAAGGCGCAGACAUUGAGGUCGCAAACCGCCACGGACACACCUGUUUAAUGAUCGCCUGCUACAAAGGACACUACAAAAUCGCACAAUAUUUGCUCUCGCUCAAAACGGACGUGAAUCGGCGUAGCGUGAAAGGUAAUACGGCCCUGCACGAUUGUGCCGAGUCGGGAUCACUAGAGAUAUUGCAACUACUCCUCCAGCAUGGUGCAACGAUGGAUGUCGAUUCUUAUGGAAUGACGCCUCUACUGGCUGCUAGCGUUACCGGACAUCUACCGAUCGUAGAACACCUGAUCAAGCUACCGUUUGUAUCGCGGGAGGAUCGGAUCGCGGCUUUGGAGCUUCUCGGUGCUACAUAUGUCGAUAAGAAGCGCGAUAUGCUAGGAGCCCUCUCGUUCUGGAAGCGUGCCAUGGAAGACAGAUACAACAACAGUCCCGUGUUGCCGAAACCAACCCGAGAACCUCUGCCACCGUACGACUAUGUACAGGAGGUCAACAAUCUCAACAUGCUCGAAGAAUUGGUGAUGGAUCCGGACGAGAUGCGCAUGCAGGCGCUGCUAAUCCGUGAGCGAAUACUUGGACCGGUGCAUCCGGACACGAGCUACUACAUACGCUUCCGUGGUGCUGUGUAUGCUGACUCCGGGCGCUUCGAUCGGUGUAUCGAGCUGUGGACGUACGCACUCUCCAUGCAGCAGGUCAUUCUGGAACCGCUGAAUCCGAUGACGCAAUCGUCGUUGCUGUCGUUUGCGGAAUUGUUUAGCUACAUGCUGGGAGAGGUGGGUCGACCUAUAACGCGCGGUCGCAUUGUACCGCCGAUUGAAACCUCCGACAUGCUGCUGGUGUUCAAGAAGUCGAUCCGGGAGGUGCAGCUAGGUCAGCAAAUGUUCGAACAAAUGGCAUAUCACGAGCGAGAUCAUGGUGCGCUCAGCAGGGCGUUGGUAAUUUCACUGCAUCUGGCCUGUUUGCUGGUGCGAUUGCUGGACGAAGAGGAGGAGUUGUGCACGGCGGAGAUGAAACAUCAGAUCCUACAGUCGCUGUACGAUUUAGUUAGCUUAAAGAUUGUAUCGCAAACGGGUAGAACAGCUUUACAUCUAGCUUGCUACAAAGAUGCAGCACUAGUAGGACGGUAUCCAGUGUGUCAGCUGCCGUCAGCACGGCUCGCAAAGGCUCUGUUGCAGGUUGGAGCCGACCCAAACGCACAGGAUGACAAUGGUAACACGCCACUACACCUGGCCGCUCAAAGCCGACCCUGUCCACCAGAACUGGCACAAAUUUUGCUAGAACACGGAGCCCAUUUGGAUACGAGAAAUGUGGACGGCAAAACGUUUGAGUCGCUUUUGAAAAAUCAACAGCUGCACGAAUUGGUCAAUCCGAUCAAGUAUACCCGGCUAUCCUGUCUGGCAGCUCGUGCUAUUAAGCGCUACGCAAUCAACUGCCAGCACGAAAUUCCCAAGUGUUUGCAUGCGUUUGUCGACUCACACUAACGCUUCGUUUCAGCCGGUUCCGGUUUUUAGCAACAGUUGGCCCAACCUAUGCGGAAGAGCGGGAGGCAAACUAUAUGAGAUCAUAGAUUUAAAGCCAACAAAAAAAAAGAAUUGACUGAAUGUGGCGAGCAAACAUAGAUAGGCUAUGCUAUAAAGUGAAUGUUCAAAUCGGAACAGUUUCUAGAAUGGUUUGGAUAUUCACAAACACACGUACGACAACAAACUAAGGACAUUUGAGAUGAUUUUUACAGCAACGAGAGAAAGGCAAAGGAUGCAUGCCAUUAGUAGAAGGAAGAUAAACACCGGUGCAAAUCAUCAUUCGCUGCCAUUAGUGUGAUCAUACAUAGGGAGAUGAUGUAUAAAUCGAACGAUAGAUUGAGAGAGAAAGAUACCCGGUGCAGAAGGUAGUAAGGCGACCCUUCGAGCUUACAGUUUACGUCCGCUAAAAUGGUGAAUUAAAUGGCGACGGAUUCGUAAAACAACAGUACACGGCGGUCCCCGGUCUGCACAACGACUUUAAUAGUGGAAUAGUACUUGAUGAUUCGCCACGAUCAGCCAACGAUUUGAGCGUGCAUCAAAACGGCUUUGGAGUGAUCUGGUGACAUCGGUAACGGAGAACGAGCGUGUUCCUUUCAUAGAGAAAAGGAGGAUUUAGGGAGGAUACAUUAUGUUAACAAGUUUUGUCCAGUCAAGUAGAACAGUUUUCCCGUGCAGAAGCUUCUCACUUUUCGUGACCCCGUGCCUUGUCCCCUUUGAGGUGUGCAGCAAGUUGUUUACAUGUUGAUGCUGGCCGGUACUUUUAUUUAGUGAAUUUCUUUUGGUAGCGUAUCGGUACAACGGUUUGUUAAGGAAACCAAUUUGGGUGAACGAACGAAAAGAAACGAUGUUAUGUUUGCUCAUUAUACAAUGCGUUUUCGAGUCGGCAGUAUAUAGUUUCAUUUUUAGCUUGGACGUUUAGCCUUUGUUUUAUUGACGUGCAGAUUUUAUAUAAUGUAAUAACUCAGGAGAAGGAAAAAAAGGUAUAUAUUCAUGAACGCUCUAGGAUCACUUUUGUUUAUGUUAGAUCAGUGUAAAUUUCAUUUUUAUUAUUUACGGCAAAUCCCAGCAUCACUUUUGUGCACUGAUAAAGGACAGACCGCAGGAGACGGAGAGAGAGAGAAGCGAUUCCCUGAGAUGUAUAGAAAGAUGAUUAGAAGUUGUGUUAUGUUUAAGAAGACGCUGAAAAGAUAGAAGAGAAGGGAAGAGAGGGAGGACGUUGUUUGGAGAGGAGAGGUGGGAAGGCUUUACGAUGGAGCGUUCAUAGAGUACACGGUUACCAACGAACGGACAGUGGUGUUUGGCCGUGGUGUCCUCCCACCAAUAAGUAACUUCGUGUUGAUAAUGAUGCAAAAACCGUGUGAUAGCGACAAAAGGAAAGACCACCAGAGAAGAUCAGAAAGUACGCAGAAUACGCGCAGAGAAUACGUUUGAGCGAUAGCAAAACAAAAACUGUCAUCUUUGGUUCUGCUUUUUGUCCGCUUUUAGUUCAUAGUAGAUCUCGAUUUUUAAGCAAUUUUCCCCAAUAAACGAAACCUAUAAUACGCCAUGUAUCUACAUAUGGUGCAUAAUGUUGCCCGUUAAACAUAAAGAACAGAUAGUAGAUAGAUGGGUUUUGUUGCGUCACGUGCAUGAAGGAAAUGUGUAGUGCGUGGCAAAACAGUUAGAUAAUUAAAUAUAAACAAACAACAAACAAAACAAAUCGGUGGUACACAUGUUGCAGAGGACUAAAACCCGUUGCACCGAACACAUAUUAGAUUAGCAUAAUGAUUUUAGAGAUUUUCAGUACUGCCAGAACGAGUGUGUGUAACCCGAAUACAUGUUGUCACUAACUGGACAAAAGUGUGCGACAUUGCCGCGAAUGGUUCAAGGUGCUUACCUGUGGUAGAAAUAUUAUAUUUUUUCUGAUUCGAAAGUUCACCAACCACUGCCUUAGUUGGUGUAUCGUAAAAGGAGUAAAGGCUUUUAAAAUAAAGAGUAUACUAGAAGGAUUAUUGCGAA